AUGAAGCACAUUCUCAUUUUCAUUGCUCUUGUUGACAUUACACUGACCUGUGUAAACAAAGAUAUCCGAGAAGAAGUGCGUGAGCCAGAGAAAACAAGGCAACCAGAGCCAGAGCUACGAGGGCGGCCAGGUCCACGAGGACCAGCAGGACCACCAGGGCCACCUGGGCAACAAGGGACAUCAGGAGCAGAUGGGCCACCAGGACCCCAAGGGCAACCAGGGCCGCCGGGAGAACAAGGGCCAGCUGGGCUAAUGGGACCAGUUGGGCCACAAGGGCCACCAGGGAUAAAUAGGGAAUAA